AUGGCUGCGAACAAGGAACAUUAAAAUGAUCCCUUCGUUUCACUGUAGGUGCCUGUGUUUCAGCAGGACAUUUCCAUCCUCUGGCUGUGUGCCCACACUGCUGCCACAGACUGUUUCAGGUUGCUUUUUGGAUCAUUUACAGGUUUUGAAAUAAAUAAGAAGGAAAAAAAGGGCCCCCAUUCCUUCAAGCUAUCUCUAAACACCUUGAGGCAAAUUUUCUUUUAGGAGCGAAAUUACCUCCCACAAGGGGGGAGUGGUUUCAGGUGGAAGCUGGGAGGAGGGAUGAUUGCAACACAAAAGAACAAAGGAAUACAGGAGGCAGAAUAAAUUAAUCUUACCUUGAAAACCCCCCUGUUUUACACAGAAGGUGAGCUGUGCUGGCCGCACCUCGCCUCUCAGUGCGAGGGCAGGGAGCGCGCUCUGACUCAAGCAGGAAAGAGCGCUCACAUUGCCUUGCAGGCUGAGAGACAGGAAUUUGCUCUGCUGUGCUGGGGAGGCUUUGAGAAACUCAUCUUUCGUCCAGUUAUACCAAACCUGAAAGGAAUUUCUCUUUUCGGCACUGCUCAACCCAUGGCGUACGGACUUGCCUUCCCGAUGCACGGCCCCAAGUGGCUGGGUGCUGUGCUUUUCCUUGGGGUACAGCUCCGAGCCCUGUGGCCUGCGGUAGCCGUGGAAGUUCACACUUCCAGGGAGGUGGAUGCUGUGAACGGCACUAACCUGCGGUUAAAAUGCACCUUUUCCAGCAGCAGCCCCAUUAGCCAGCACCUGUCUGUGACCUGGAACUUCCAGCCCGAGGACCUGGGCUCUCACGAGCCGGUAUUUUAUUACCUGAAGGAGCCCUACAAGCUGUCUGCUGGGCGGUUUAAAGAGCGAGUCACCUGGGAUGGGAAUAUUGAGCGUAAUGAUGUUUCCAUCGUUAUCUGGAACUUGCAGCCCACUGACAACGGGACGUUCACCUGCCAGGUGAAGAACCCACCAGAUGUCGAUGGCACAAUUGGUGAAGUGCGACUCAGAGUUGUGCAGAAAGUGCAUUUCUCAGAAAUCCACUUCCUGGCGGUGGCCAUUGGGUCUGCUUGUGUUCUGAUGAUCAUUGUGGUGACAGUUGUGAUUAUCUGUCGACACCAUCAGAAGAAAGAGCAAGAGAAGAGGAUCAAGGUGGCAGACACUGAACUUAGAGAAAAGGAGAAUCUGAAGAUUAGAGAAGAAAAGGAAGCCAGCCCGUUAGAAGACUAGGGGUCUUUUAUGGUAUAUACAAUGCAGGUACUUCUAAUGCAGAUGGUGGAAGCUUGUAAUUUUGGAUGUUAGAACAAAGCUGAAUUACAGACGCCUCAUGCUGUGAGUGUGGUAUCUCUGCUCAACCUGAAUUUCUUGCAAGGAAAGAGAGUGACAUUAACAUAAGUUGUAAACUUCCUUCACUGAAGCAAAGCAGGAGGAACCUGUCCCGUGUACAAGGAACUUUCUUUAAUCUUCACACCUGCAGAAUGUGAAGAAGGCUGCUCUGAAGAUGAAAAAAUGCCAAAAGAUUUGAACAAAUUCCAAGAUAACUGACUGAACAGUGUUUUUCAAAGCGUCUGAGCACAUGCACUCUUGCACCUUAAAAAUUGCAAUGUGCAUUUGUGUUGCCCUAUUUUUCCUCCCUCAGAAUCCUCUUUGUCAUCAUGAAAAGGAAGACUGACAACAUGAGGGAUCAGAGAAGUAGCUAGUUGCUACAACAUACUUUGAAUCUCUUUGGUACUUUAAAUGGGAAGUAUUACAGUUUGGGAAUGUAUGCUGUUUCUUAUUAGGGAUAAUGUUUACCAGUGGGUGUGGUUUUCAUAUUGAUCUCUUAAAGCUUACAGGCUUUGUAACUACGGUAGCUGAGGACAUUGCCUUCUGCUGUGCAGCGUGUGGCCACACACUUCGGCAGCCCCCCUCCUCUUCCCACUCCCACCCUGCCAGUACGCUGACCUUCCAAGGGAGCACACCACCGCCGGGUGGGAUGCUUCUUCCCCCGUCUCAGCAGCCUUACACCCACCGCUGCAGGCACCCCAGAACUUCGGCUGGCUGCGGUUAAAGCUCAGAGGCUGCCCUGGGCAAGCGGUGCUGCGGUGGUGCACUGUCCCGCUGCUGCUUGGCAUGGUAGCAGUGCUCAGUGGCUGCUAGCAUGGUAUCGGGCUGCCAACAGCAGCAAUAUCCCACUGUCUCUGCAUGCUGUUCACUGCCCAGGUGACCACCAGUGCAUCUCGCUCCUGCAUUCCCCUGUACUUGCACAGACUCAGUCUCUCAAAGGCAAACAAAGCCCUAAAUCAUUGAAACCGCAGAGCUGUUACAGUAUUUAACCAGCACCAAACCAAAUCAGCCCGUUUGUUUAAAGAACAUCUUUAUGACUUUAUAACUGUAAUGUGCUGGCCACAUUAUCUCUUUGUAUGUUUUCAUUUUUGAUCCUGUGUCAUAAAUAAAGGCGCCUUGUGGAAAGCAGUGACAGUGUCAUAGAUGUGCCGUGACAUGGAAGUUACACAGUGCUGCCACAACACUGGAGACACCCAGUCCCACUGCGACACGGGAGAUGCUCAGUCCUGCCGUGACAUGGGACAUGCACAGUCCCACUGUGACAUGGGAGAUGUUUAGACAUGCAGUCCUGACACAACACGGGAGAUGCACUGUCCCACUGUGACACAAGAGACACGCAGUCCUGCUGUGACACAGGAGAUGCGCAGUGCAGCCGUGACACGGGAGAUGCUCAGUCCUGCUGUGAUGUGGGAGACACACAGUCCUGCCGUGACAUGGGAGAUACUCAGACAUGCAGUCCUGCUGUGACACAGGAGAUGCACAGGCCUGCCGUGACAUGGAAGACACGCAGUCCUGCUGUGACACAGGAGAUGGCUCAGGCACACAGUCCUGCUGUGACAUGGGAGCUGCACAGUCCUGCUGUGACAUAGGAGACACGCAGUCCUGGUGUGACACAGGAGAUGCUCAGAUGUGCAGUGCUGCCAUGACAUGGGAGAAACACGCUCCUGCCAUGACAUGGGGGAUGCUCUGACAUGCAGUCCUGACAUGACACAGGACAUGCUCUGACAUGCAAUCCUGCCAUGACAUGGGACAUGCUCAGACACGUGGUCCUGGUUUAACACGGGACACGCUCAGGUGCGCAGUCCCACCGCACCCUUGGCACCUCAGAUGAGUGGGUUUUAGCUUGGAAAA